UUCUUCCCUUUCCUCUUUAUUUCUUUCUCUCCCAUGUACGAGUCAGUAAAAUACAGGAAGGAGUCAGUCGCUUUUGACUACAACUCAAUCAAUCAAUUUUUAAUGUAAUGGAAGAGAAGAAGAAAGACAAGAGGGCCGUUGGUUUAUUAAAACACCAUCAUUAAAACUCCUCCUCAAAAAAGAAUUUGCACCCGCACCAGGAUUUUUCAACUAAAAGAUAUGAAGCCAGAAGGAACGAAGAUCGUAGUAUUGGUUUGUUUCCUACUUCUUGCGAGUCUGAGCCUGCUCCACCCUCGUCUCGGCUUCGAUUACAGGCCGCCGCCGCCGCCCGUUCUCUUGAUGAAGAGGCUGGCGGUUGACGCAAAUGGAGCCCACCCCAAUCUGGUUCAAGAAGUUCAGGAGGAAGGAGGAGGAGAGGGAAAGAAGACAGAGGAUAAAGCAAUUAGAAACGAUCAAGAGGACGAGUACUGUGACUAUUUCGAUGGCGAAUGGGUUCUGGGUGAUGAAAGUGAUAAUUACCCCCUGUACGAGUCUGAGGAUUGUCCCUUUUUGGACGGAGGAUUCCGGUGCUCAGAGAACGGGAGGCCUGAUGAUUUGUACGCCAAGUGGAGCUGGCAGCCUAAAGGAUGCAGUCUUCCGAGGUUUGAUGCCGCAUACAUGCUGGAGAAAUUACGAAACAAGCGGUUGGUAUUCGUGGGCGAUUCAAUAGGGAGAAACCAAUGGGAGUCUCUCUUGUGUAUGCUAUCUUCAGCAAUUGCUGACAAGAGCUCCAUCUAUGAAAUAAAUGGAAAUCCGAUAGCUAAGCACACAGGCUUUUUAGCUUUCAAAUUUAGAGACUAUAAUACGACCGUGGAGUACUAUAGAGCUCCAUUUCUGAUUCGUCACAGUAGAAAGCCACCAGGGGCACCGGAGAAGGUGGCGACCACUCUUAAGCUGGACUUACUUGAUUUUACGGCCAACAAAUGGAAGGAUGCUGAUAUUUUGAUCUUCAACACAGGGCACUGGUGGAGCUAUGAGAAGACUGUCAAAAGGGGCAACUAUUUCCAAGAGGGGAAUAAGGUGAAGAUGGAGAUGAGUGUCGAAAAUGCUUAUCAAAGAUCGAUCAAGACGCUACUUGAGUGGAUUCAUACAGAAGUUAAUACAAACAAGACUCGUGUCUUUUUUCGCACAUAUGCGCCUGUGCAUUUCAGAUUCGGAGAUUGGAAGACUGGAGGCAGUUGUCACUUAGAAACACAGCCGGAGCUGAAUUCAUCAGCAGUGCAAUUAAGUUCAUGGUCUAAUUUGCUGAGCCCGUUCAAGAAUCUUCCUUUGAAGUACUCAGGUCAGGUUCCAGCAAAUAAAAAAGUUGAAUUGUUGAACAUUACAUAUAUGACGGCUCAUAGGAAGGACGGUCAUCUAUCUCUGUAUUAUCUUGGCCCGAAUAAGAAAGCUCCCCUUCACAGGCAAGAUUGUAGCCAUUGGUGUUUGCCAGGAGUUCCUGACGUGUGGAACGAGAUCCUAUUUGCACUUUUUCUAAAGCGAGAAAAUGAAAAUGCAAUCAAUCAGAAGAUAAAUGUUUUAGCUCCAGUUGGAUCUUUUUCGGAGAAUUGAUUUGAGGAAAUGAAAAUCCCUCUGAUAUAUGGUCAUCAGAAAUCAUUGUUUGCAAGACCCUGAUGGAUGGUACGGAGGAAUCACGCAAUGUGGGAAGAUUGGAAGGGAUGUGUAUAAACUAUCACGGUUAAAUUGUGUGUCUACAUUAUUCUUGGAAUGUGUUCCAUUAUCAUUUAUCACACACAAGGUAGUUCCUUUUCCCUUUUUUUGUUUUAGGGAUACUUUAGAUAUGUGUUUUUAGAUUUUGAAGGAAACAAUUGUAUAAGAAAUGUAUAGAAUAGAUGAACUAUUUUUUUUUCUUUGUGUUUGGAUGGGGGUUAGAGGAUGGAAGUUAAAAGUGAAACUUCAUUUUAACCGUGUUCGGGGGUUUUCUUGAGGGGUUAGAGGAUGGAAUGGAAGGUUAAAUUUCUCCAGAUUUUCCUCCCCUCCAAUUUGGGCAGUAGAGGAUGAAAUGGAAAUCAGAGUAAAAUUUCAUAAUAUGGUAAGACAAUUAUACCCUUAUGACAUUAAACUCAAUAGCUAAGAUGUACCCUCAUCUGGAUAACACGUGAGGACGUUUAUAUAACUUUAUAUAUAUUCACUUCACUUUCCUUCGUCCCCGUACUAAACUCUCAAAGUACAUUUUAUCUUUUCAAUCUCUUUUCUUACAUUUCCUUUCCAUUAUUUAACUAAUCUCUUUUCCUAUAUUUCCUUUCCCUUAUUUAAUUAUCUGUCCCUUCUCUUAGUAAACUCCCAAACAAAGUGUUAAGUUGAUUCCUUCUAUUUGUUGAAAUUUUCUGCCAUUGCUUACUGGACCGAGGGAAAAAUUAUUCAAUCUGGAGGCACGUUUUAGGCUGUAGUCAUCAAAUAUUCAGUUCAUAUAAAGAUUAAUUCAAAAUUUAAUUCAAAACGAAACCACAAAAGAGUAAUCUUGGCAAUCGAAAUGUACUC